CUGAAAUAAUGAAGACUGUUAGAUCCAUAUCUUUUCUUAUUUUCUUCAGCUACAUUAAAUGUCAGACUCUUCAGAGAAGUUUACUAGAUGCAGCCAUGCAGCAAACAAAUGGCCAGAAUUAUCUAGAGGAGAACUUGAAAGCUGUCACUAACAUUAUGGUUGCACAGUUUCUUCAGAAACUGACUUAUGAAGAAGUACGAAUCAUAGUUCAAGAGUUGCUAGAUCUCACAGAAAAGUGCAAGAGCCUCAAGUCACAUGAAUUACCGUCAGAAUCCUGUCACCAGUUGAUGACUACCUUCCUAGAGCAUAUUUGUAAUAACGAAGGAAUGGCUGACAAGUGUGUAUUUUCUGACUGUUGCAAUAUAAAUAAGACAGCAAGACAUAAGUGUUUCCUAUUACACAAAAAGGAUGAUGCAGGUUACAGUGAAAUAUUCCAGAUUUCAAAUCCUGAGCAGAUCUGUGAGAUGGACAAAGAGAAUCAAGUGCCCGUGAAAGACCAGUACAUUUAUGAAACUUCUAGGAAGCACCCAUUCGUGUAUGGACCCACUAUUUUAACCAUGUCUGUUUGCUAUGAAACAGCUGUUCAGUCAUGUUGCCAAGAAGAAAAUAAGACUGAAUGCUUCCAGACAAAGCUGGAACCCAUCAAAAAGUACGUUAGAGAAAUAUCUUUGAGGCAUCACCAUUUAUGUGAAAUUGGGAUUAAAUUCAACCACAGAGUAGCAACAGCUGUGGAAUUGGUUCUGUUAACUAAAAAGCAACCUAAAGCUAAUUUUUCUGAAAUUGCCAAGCUGUCCAUGGAUAUUAAAAAUUUGCAUCAGAUCUGCUGUGAAGGAAAUGCAGUAGUGUGUGUACUUGGCAGGAGUCAGCUUAUGGACUACAUCUGCUCUAAACAGGCUAUUCUAUCUAGCAAAUUCACUCCAUGCUGUGAACUGCCAGAACCAUUCCGAGGAGAAUGCAUUAUCAACUCGGAAAAUGAUGACAAACCUGAUCUCUCAUCCCUGCCCCUUCGCAGGUUUACAGAAGAUCAGUCUGUAUGCAAACAAUUCACUGACAAGCAAGAUUUCUUCCUACAAAGGUUUCUUUAUGAAUACUCAAGAAGACACCCAGAGUUGGCAGUUCCAGUCAUUUUAAGAGUGGAUACAGUAUAUCAAAGUUUACUGGGAAAAUGCUGUAAAUUAGAAAAUCCUCUGGAAUGCUAUAGCCAUGGGGAAGGGAUAUUUCAAAGAGUGGUUCGUGAAAGCCAUGAGCGUGUGAAAAAUCAGUGUGAUUUACGUGAGAAAUUAGGAGAUAGUAACUUUCACGACAGGCUCGUAGUCCUUUAUACGAAGAAAGCCCCACAGCUGUCUGCUCAGGAGUUGAUUGUACUCACGAAGAACAUGGCAGCUGCCACCGCCAAGUGCUGCCCACUGAAUCAAGAGCGCCAGUUUGUCUGCAUGGAGGACUCGGCAAAGUUAAUUCUUGGAGCUUUAUGCAGAAGGCACGAGGCGGAGCCCAUCAAUGCUGCUGUGGGUCACUGCUGUGAUGACUCGUACGCCUUCAGAAAGCCUUGCUUUGAUGACCUGCAAGUCGAUGGAACUUACAUCUCUCCACCUUUAUCCUGUGACCAAGUCAUCAGCCUUAAAGAGGACUUGUGCAAAGCCCCAGAGGAGGAAUUACAAACUGAAAAGCAGAAACUCCUCAGCAACCUUGUGAAGCAGAAACCAAAUGCAGCAGAGAUGCAGUUCCAAUCAAUUAUUGUGAAUUUUGCUCACUUGGUGGAGAUAUGCUGCCAAGCAGAGAAAAGUGAAAUGUGUUUCCAAGAAGAGGGGUCCAAACUGAUUGAAAAGUGCCAGCUUCUUUUGGGAGGCUAAAUGAUUCCAGAAAAUGUCACCAUAGGAUCUUUGUUGAGAACUGCAUUUUGUUUUUCAUGAAUGAUGAAAUCCAUGUUUAAUACUCAGAAUAAAAAUCAAUAGUGUCAGUUUUUAUCUUCUCACAAUGCUACUCAGGAACACUAACCAAUCUAGACUGAAUCUCUAGUUUCUCACUCAGCAGAAAAAUCUACUUAUUGCAACUCUUCUGCAACCUCUUUUCUCCUCAUAAACUUUCUACUUCUCAGAAGCAGCAAUGGAAACAUGAACUCAAGGGCAGGGCGGUGGGGUGGGGGGAUGUGUGGCUUUCAAAGGUCUCAGGUGGAUAUAAUGGGCUGCCACAUGCCACAUCAAGCUGGGACCUGGCUGCUGGGUUUCCGGAAUGAAAAAGAUCCAAAGUGCCACUUCGGGUUUCUAUCCAUACCACUACUGAAAAUAAUUAUUGAUGAGCUGAAUGAAAUGGUUUUGUAAGAAAGUUACUUUCGUAACAGUAUUCUCAUUCAUCUUUACCCUGGAUAUGUGAUGCUGACAUUGUCACCAAGGAAUCCCAAUAUGUUCGUAUUAACUUGAACUUCCAAUGAUGAUGUGUAUCAGCAGUUUUUUUCCCCAGAACUCCUGGGAGAAAGACGUAAAGAACUUAUC